AUGUCAGGCACAGACAGGAAGUGAUGUCAGGUAAAAGACAGGAAGUCAUCUGCAAUAAAGACAAGAAGUUCCGUACCAUACGAAGCAGCGAGAGUUAUCCGUCUACAAGGAGACCUGUAUAGAUCACAUGAUGGCACCAAUGAGGAUGGAGGAGGACCGGAGUCACAUGACUGAGAAGAUACUAAACCUCACCCUGGAGAUCAUCUACCUGCUGACCGGAGAGAGAGUUCCUCUUCUGAAGUCAGGUGAUCAUAUGACCAUCACAGAGCCUCCAUGUGACUCCCUAAACCCUGAGAGACACAACAUGCAGAAGAUUCUAGAAGUCACCAAGAAGAUGAUGGAGCUGCUGACAGGAGAGGUUCCUAUAAGGUGUCAGGGUGUCACUGUCUAUUUCUCCAUGGAGGAGUGGGAGUAUUUAGAAGGACACAAGGAUCUCUACAAGGACGUCAUGAUGGACAAUCAGCCGCCCCUCACAUCACCGGAUGGAUCCAGUCAUGGGAACCCACCAGAGAGAUGUCCCCGUCCUCUGUAUUCCCGGGAUUCCACACAGGAAGGUCACACCAUCCUCACUAUUACAAGAGUGGAGAUCCAAUCGAUAUAGAAUUUGAGGUGAAAGCAGAAGAAGAAGAGGCGUAUGUGAGGGAUGAUCAGCAGUCUAUGGAGGAGG